AUGGAUCACUGGGAACCAGAAGAAGCAGAUGAAACAAUUGAGAUUGGCGACGGUGAUGGUGAUGAUGAUCGGAAACAACCGUUGCUGGUUAGACGGAGAACCAAUGCAUCUUCUCAACUCGCCAUCGUCGGAGCCAAUAAAUCUCCAAUUCAAAGUCUUGAUUACGAGAUGAUUGAGAAUGAUCUGUUAAAGCAGGACUGGAGGUCAAGAAGAAAGGUUGAGAUAUACCAAUAUGUUGCUCUCAAGUGGACCCUUGCACUCCUUAUUGGUUUAAUUACAGGACUUGUUGGCUUUUUUAACAACCUUGGAGUUGAGAACAUUGCUGGUUUCAAACUUUUACUUACCAACAAUCUCAUGAUCAACCAAAAGUAUCAUCAGGCAUUUGCAGUUUACUUUGGCUGUAACAUGAUUUUAGGGGUUGGCGCGGCCGCUCUGUGUGCUUACAUUGCCCCUGCAGCAGCAGGUUCUGGCAUACCCGAGGUCAAGGCAUACCUCAAUGGCAUUGAUGCGCAUUCUAUCUUGGCUCCGUCUACACUCUUUGUCAAGAUAUUUGGUUCAAUUUUAGGAGUUGCUGGUGGUUUUGUUGUGGGGAAAGAAGGACCUAUGGUGCAUACAGGUGCUUGCAUUGCUAAUUUACUUGGACAAGGCGGUUCUCGUAAAUAUAGACUCACUUGGAGAUGGCUCAGAUACUUCAAAAAUGAUAGAGAUCGAAGGGAUUUGAUCACGUGCGGUGCAGCUGCAGGUGUUGCAGCUGCCUUCCGUGCUCCCGUUGGUGGAGUCCUUUUCGCACUUGAAGAAGCAGCUUCGUGGUGGAGGAGCGCUCUUCUGUGGCGCACGUUUUUCACCACCGCCGUUGUAGCAGUUGUUCUUAGGGGUCUUAUACAAUUUUGUCAUCAAGGAAAAGGCAAAUGUGGUCUAUUUGGGGAAGGAGGACUCAUCAUGUUUGAUGUCAAUUCUGUAGAGCCUGCCUACACCACACCCGACCUCCUUGCAGUUAUAUUUCUUGGAGUCAUUGGUGGUCUCAUGGGAAGCCUUUACAAUUAUCUUGUCGACAAAGUCCUUCGCACCUACACCACCAUAAAUGGGAAAGGUGCUAUAUUCAAGAUUCUACUAGUGAUGAUUAUCUCGUUUUUGACCUCUUGUAUCCGAUUUGGGCUACCGUUGCUAUCAAAGUGUGUGCCAUGUCCAGGAGAAUGCCCAAACUCACCAUCCACCGGCUUUUCAAUGCACUACGACAGUUUUCAGUGUCCACCAAACCACUUCAAUGAUCUAAGCUCACUCCUUUUCACUACCAAUGACGAUGCCAUACGCAAACUAUUCAUUGAUAGCUCUGAAUCUUCCAAUGCUGCAUUUCAACUAUCAAGUCUCAUAAUUUUCUUUGUGGCGAUAUACUUGCUUGGAGUUGUCACAUACGGUGUUGCCAUUCCCUCUGGUCUCUUCAUUCCUGUCAUACUUGCAGGAGCUUCAUACGGACGUCUAGUAGGGACCGUGUUAGAUCCAUUCACGGAUCUUGAUGCCGGCUAUUUUGCUCUCCUUGGAGCUGCAUCUUUCCUCGGCGGCACCAUGAGAAUGACAGUUUCUCUCUGUGUCAUACUUCUCGAACUCACUAACAACUUGUUGAUGCUCCCAUUAGUUAUGCUGGUUCUCCUCGUUUCUAAAACAGUGGCAGAUUGUUUCAACAAAGGUGUUUAUGAUCAGAUUGUGAUGUUGAAAGGACUUCCUUUCAUGGAGGCACAUGCAGAGCCAUACAUGAGGAAUUUAGUCGCAGGCGAUGUUGUAUCCGGUCCACUCUUUACUUUCUGUGGAAUAGAGAAAGUUGGUACCAUUGUCCAUGCAUUAAAAGUGACAGGACAUCACGGCUUCCCCGUAAUCGACGAACCACCUUUAACCGAUGCUCCCGAGUUAUGCGGUUUGGUGUUGAGGUCUCAUCUGCUAGUACUUCUCAAGCACAAGACAUUGCUCACUAGGAAGAGAGUUACGACAAGGUCUACCAUUAUUAAAAAGAUGAAGGCAAGUGAUUUUGCGAAACCAGGUUUAGGGAGAGGGAUAACUCUGGAAGAUUUAGAAAUUUCACAAGAGGAGAUGGAAAUGUUUGUUGAUCUUCAUCCAAUAACUAACAAAUCUCCUUAUACUGUUGUCGAAACAAUGUCACUUGCAAAAGCUGCUCUUCUUUUUAGGGAACUUGGACUCAGACACUUGCUAGUUGUGCCAAAGAUACCAGGAAGGCCUCCAAUUGUUGGGAUUCUAACAAGACAUGAUUUCAUGCCAGAGUAUAUCUUGGGGCUAUUCCCCAACUUGAAUCCUCACAAGUAG